UUAUGUAAAUUAUCGCGAGACAUUGGUCAUGGUAUAAAUUCUCCAGUCGAACCAGGCUGGAGCUGCACUCCGUACGGCUCUGGAUACGAGGUGAAAGCAUACUAAAGUCUGACUGAAGAUGGCUGCAGGCAACGCAAAAAUUGGAAAUCUGGCUCCAGACUUUACAGCUAAAGCGGUGAUGCCAGAUGGACAGUUCAAGGACCUGAAGCUGUCAGAUUACAGAGGAAAGUAUGUCGUCUUUUUUUUCUAUCCACUGGACUUUACAUUCGUGUGUCCAACCGAGAUCAUCGCUUUCAGCGAUGCUGCUGAUGAAUUCAGGAAGAUCGGCUGCGAAGUUAUUGCUGCCUCUGUAGACUCUCACUUCUCCCAUUUUGCAUGGACCAACACACCACGUAAACAGGGAGGUCUGGGUGCCAUGAAGAUCCCACUCGUGUCUGACACACGACGCACCAUCUCCACAGACUACGGUGUCCUGAAGGAGGACGAAGGCAUCGCCUACAGGGGCCUGUUCAUCAUCGAUGACAAGGGUAUCCUGAGACAAAUCACCAUUAAUGAUCUCCCAGUUGGACGCUCUGUUGAGGAGACCUUGCGUUUGGUUCAAGCAUUUCAGUUCACAGACAAACAUGGAGAAGUCUGUCCAGCGGGCUGGAAACCAGGAAGUGACACCAUCAAGCCAGAUAUCGAGAAAAGCAAAGAUUUCUUCUCCAAGCAGUAAUAAAUUCAGGUCAACAGUCUGUCGCCUGCUCUAGCAGAUUUCAUUUAUGAUAAUAUUUCCAAUAGUGUUUGAGUCAGAGCUUUGUCGUCAUCAUACAGUGUAUAAUAUUUCUUGUAAAUGUUGCCCUGGGACCAAAGUACAGUAAUUUUGCUGUGGUUGCUAUUGUAUGCUGUAGUCAUUGUUUGACGGUUAACCCUCUGUGUGGUCGAUCAUGUCAUUAUUCAUUACUAGUACAUACAAAGGACUUUACAAACAUUUUCACUGGAGCAAAGGCAGAGCAUCUGUACUCAAAAUGUUGUUUGGUUUCUCUUGUUUUUUUGUUUUUUUUUCUAUACAAUGAACAAAACUAUUUCACCUGAAUAAAUUAUGUAUCACA